AUGGACAGCUUUUCCGAUAUCUUCCAAAAGCCUCUGAGACUGUCCGUUCUGCGAAAUGGCAAUAAUGGCGACGGUCAAGAUGACACAGUUUUCUCUAGUAUGUACGUUGUCGACAUCGGACUUGGAAAUCCUCCCGUUGGGUUCCGAGCGCAACUUGAUACCAGUUGGGGGCCGUUGUUUGUCCCUUCUACAAACUGCACCUACGAUGACUAUGAUAAAUUGUACUGCGAAAUUCAUCCAUUGUACAAUUCUUCUUCUUCAUCCACCUACAAAGCCGAUCUCAGGUCAUGCAAAUUGGAAUAUCCUGGGCAAGCGGGUAUUCACACUUGGGGCAACGUGUCGCGUGAUAGUAUUCACAUUUCCGAUCUUGAAAUCGCAGACCAGUUGUUUGAGGAAGCAGUUGUGUAUUACCCUACACCCAUGGAGCGCGACGAUCUAUUCGACACCGCACUUGGACUUGCCCUCCGUCCAAUCAAGGACAAUUGGAAUAAUUUUCCCCCAAAUGCUUCAUAUCCUUUCCAGAGCAUGGUAGAGAAAAGACUUCUGGAUGAGCCAAUAUUCAGUCUGCGUCUUGGGAGGUCUAGCCAAGAGGGAGGCGAACUGAUCCUCGGCGGUCGGCCUGAAGAUAUGGACAAUACCACAGCAAUAGAGCUUCCAUUAACAACGGAAGCAGGACUGGGUGACAGAUUGUGGGAGUUCUACGCAAGCAACGGGUGGCAGGUUGCUCUCCAGAACAUGUCCAUGACGUUUAACGCGUCUGGUCCGCCUACUCCACUUACGACGGAAAAUACUACGGCAAUGAUCUCGAGUUCGUUUCCGUGGAUCGCUCUUCCAGAGCAUAUCGCAAGGCGGGCAAACGAGCAAAUCGGCGUCAGAGACGUGUUCGACUGGGUCGAGUGCGAAAAACGUGAAGAACUGCCCAACUGGCGUCUUGCACUUGGGCCGUUGGGUCAGCAAAUUGAGUUAACUCCUUGGGACUACCUGAUUGAAGCCGAAGAUGACCAAGUGAACAAAAUCAAGUGUGUCUCGGCGUUCAUUGGCAUGGGUGAGGAGAGAAGUAAGCAGGGAUUCAUUUUGCUAGGCAAUCCGUUCCUGAAUGGAUUACACAGCGUUUUUGACGCUGGGCGCCGGAGUAUUUUGCUGGCAAAUCGGCCCAGGUAG